AUGAUCCCCUCGCCUGAGGUCGCGACGUACGACAAUGACCCCGGAAAGAUGAGCGCCAGCGUCCAAGCCAUCGCAAAUUUAAAGGUUGCGGACUCGGAGGUCAUACGCAAGGGUGACAAGGAGUUCGUGAUGUGUAACUUUUGUUGGCAUUUGGGCGCGGAGCGCGAAUGCGAGAGGCCCCGGUGCGACCUGCGCCACCGGCGUGGGAAAGUAGUAGCGCGCACGUAUAUAGUAGGGUGCGGCUACAAUGGGACGGGCCAUCGGUUUGGCUCCGUGGAGCCAUCUUCUAGAGAGCGGGCGACUCCCAAAUUCCUGGCCGCGCAGUGGGCUGGCCGGGAAAGUCAACAACUUUGCACCGCCGGAUAUGGUUGGCCCCCACAUGGGCGUGUACGAGCAGCUGUAGAGGGCCUCUCCGCAACGGACAAGGCCGUCGCGACGGCGUACAAGGCCUGUGAAGAGGCGGGCUAGUAUAUCCAGCUCAUCUCGGCGGACCAUGGGACGUGGAGCAAAUAAUCACUCCCGAGAGGGUGCGCCGCACACGGCACACACGAUGAACCCCGGCAUCAUGACGGGCGACCCAAGAAGUGAUGUGGCGCUCACCGUGCUUGACAUUAUACGUUUUGUGUGAGUCCAAAGGGAUUGCCUUUAGCCCGAAGAUGAGUGCUCCCUCGUUGCUCGCGCAUUAUGAGAAGAAGGAAGCAGAUUGAAGGGCUCUAUAGG